GUCAGUCUGAAGAAAUGGACAGGACUGUAUUGACUCGAUUGUUUGCGCUUUUGCUCGUUAUUCAUUGCACAGGAUGGAUUGGCAGUUCAUCUUCUACACGAGUAAGUCUCGACGACAGUGGCUACGUCGAUUUGGUGUUCGCCAUCAGUGACGCAGUACCUGAGGAUCAAUCCGAGAUCAUCAUUGAUAACAUCGAGAAAAUGAUUUUAGAAGCAUCUCCUGUGUUAUACGUGGCGACGGGUGAUCGAGCCUAUUUCAAACGUGUCCAAAUUCUCAUUCCCCAAUCUUGGACGAAUGUGAAUGCGACUGCCAGCAGUUGGGAAACGUUCGAAACAGCUGACGUUAUCGUGGACGCACCCAAUCCGUGGCAUGGUGACAUGCCCUACACCCGACAGCCUGGCAAAUGCGGCGAAAGAGGCGAAACAAUCCAUUUGACACCCAAUUACAUGGCCACUCUUGACCAAGAGUAUAACCACUUGAUGUUCGGUAAACCAGGCAAGGUCUUCGUCCAUGAAUGGGCUCAUUAUCGCUACGGCGUUUUUAACGAAUACGGGGAUCUGGGGGAUCCUCAACACAAAUUGUUUUAUCUCCCAGCAAAUGCGAAAGACCCGGUGCCCAAUAUCUGCAGUAACAAGCCGCCUAUCUUCCGCAUUUAUGAUGUUAGUAACAAUUCACCAACUUGUAAACGCGAUCCGGCCACGCAGAAUUACGACGCGAAUUGUAGAUUCGAAUUGAACGAAGCUUUCAAGCCGGAUACAUCUCUGAUGUCCUAUCAUAAACCCGAUUCGAUGGUUCAUUUCUGCAAGGAUGACCAAGAACACGCGCACAAUGCGGAAGCCCCAACAAAACACAACGCCAUGUGCGGAGGUGCCAGCGUUUGGACGGUCGUUAUGCGCAGCCCUGACUUUGCGAAUAACAAAGCUCAACAGGUCGAUUUGGACAUAAUGCCGACGGAGUUCAACGUCGUUCGGACGGCUGGAUCGCGAUUCGUCCUAGUGGCAGACGUUUCCGACAGCAUGAAAAUCUUGAAUCGCAUCGGUAAAUUGGGCGAAGCUGUGCGCUCCUGGAUCAAAUACGAUGUACCCACUGGAAGCAAACUGGGAAUGAUUAUGUUCAGUUCGACGGCUCGUGUUGCGAGUGAACUGCAGACCAUCACCGACAUGAAAUCACGUCAGGAGAUGAUGAAGAAAGUGCCCAAACAAUUGUUUUCUGCCACUUGUAUCGGAUGCGGCCUUAAUCUUGCUGUCCAGAUGCUUAGCAAUCCGAAUGAUGCAGAAAAAGGCGGAAUCAUCCUCCUAGUUACCGACGGAAAAAAUUCGCCAGGUUAUCUCGACAUUGCCAGCGUACAGAAGGACGUUGUUAAAGCAGGCAUCCGCGUCGUCAGCAUCGCUUUCGGGGAAGAAGCGGACAAGAACAUUGAGCACCUGGCCAAAAUCACCGAUGGCAAAAGCUAUUUCGUGAACGACAAUGAAACGAGCGAAGCCCUUCAGCAGGCUUUCUUGGGCGCUAACACGUAUCAAUCGAGAGUCAACGACAGAGAUUUGCAAUUCAAGUUGUUUGAAAAAACAUUCACGGCUCAGGAAUCAGAAACGGAGAUCAAUGACAAUUUCGUUGUUGAUCCGACGGUCGGUCGCAAUUUGAAAUUGAGCAUUUUCAAUCUAGAGGAACUAACAAAUUUAGAGUCGAUGGAACUGAUCUCACCUGACGGUGAGGUCUUCAGCGAGGUUGAGUAUGAAACGACCACAGCUUCGGUCACCGUAGACUUGGCGAUGAUCGGAAAUUGGUCCCUCAACGUCAAGUUAAGCAGCGAGCAGUCUGAAUUGUUAUUAGUCACUGUUAUAGCGCAGAUGCGUCCAAACGUUACGACACCAAUCAAAACUAAAUGCUGGGUCCCGCAAGCUGAUAUUAAAAACGCCGGUAAGAACACAAUUCCAGUUCGCGCUGAGGUGACGACUGGAUCGAAUGCGGUUGUUGGAGCCACGGUCAGAGCUUUUUUGGUGAAACCCAACGGUGAGUCGGAAAUUCUGGAGCUGCUGGACAAUGGCGUCAAUGCUGACACUGAGGCCAAUGAUGGCGUUUAUUCCAGGUAUUACACCAACGCCACUCAGAAGGGUCGGUACACGGUCAAAUGCCAUGUGAUUAGCAAUGAAGACACUGUCCAGAGUUCAGGCUUUUUUGGCUCUGCCAGCCCUCAGCUUCGCGGUAAUUUAAUUCAUGAAAACGGCGCAGGGACUCCUCUGGCCGCUUUUACUCGCAUCGUUUCUGGUGGAUCGUUUCAGGUGGAAAUACCCGUGUCGAGUUACGAUGCUUAUCCACCAAGUGAAAUCAGGGAUCUUUCUGUCACGUUAGUUGAUGAAACAGAGGGACACAUCAUGAUGGAUAUGAAAUGGACUGCUCCCGGUGACGAUCUCGAUUAUGGCACUGUUGCUUAUUAUGUACUGAGGUAUUCAGACACGCCGGACUACGUGAUAAACUACAACUUUGACGAUGAAUAUUCUGCUCGCAAGAAGCGCUCCGCCAUCAAAGAAGAUGAUCUCGUGGCCGGUUCACUCGAACCCAUCGAAGCUGGCUCCUUGCAAACGGCCACCUUCUUGCUAUCCGAUAUCGAUCUGGACCGACCUUAUUACGUGACACUACGGGCAGUGGACAAAGCUGGAAAGGUUGGGCAAGUCUCCAACGUGGUCGCUUUCUUUGUACCAGACAAAUUAGCUAUGCUGGCUAGGAAUAAUUUGGAAGGAUCCGCCGGAUAUGAAACAAAAGAUAUCAUCAAUGUGAAUCAAUCGGGCUUUCACGUCACCUCGUUGUUGGUUGCAGCCUUUGGGCUUCUUUUGAUCGCCUGUCUGUGUGUGGCCUUAUUGAUGGCCAUCGUCAAACGCUCUAGAGCCUAUCCAGUAUAUUCUGGUGUCCCGACUAGUAAGGAUCAUAGUUAUCCUUGAAAUGAGUAUACAGACUCGAGGUUUAUUCAGUUAACGUCCCGAAAUGUUUCGAUGUUAGAAAACGUUAACAAGCAAUCCACAUAGAACAGUACCGAGGGUUAAACCAAAUUCAUUUAAAAGCAAGCUUAGUUUUGUAGGGAAGAUACGAAAAUUCUAGCGAUUAUUUAGGUCGAAACAGACAGGUAAGUGCUGAGGCAUUUCAUCCAACUGCCACCAUGCCCUUAAUAGUACUUGGAAAUUGUUCUUAUUCGUGACAUUUUCAUUAAAAUAGAUUCAUUCCGUAUAGUUGAAUCGAUUUACCAUGCUUCACUUGAAAAAAUUGCAAUGUAUAUGCCUGCCGGGUGUGUCCAUACAGAUAUAUAAACGAGUGUAAGGUCAUCAUAAUUUUCAAAACAAAAGUGUUCGUUCAUCAAUAGCCGUAUCCGCUGUAAUAGCCAUGUCCGUAUCCAGCGCCAUAGCCUGUAGAUUCAACAAUACAUUAUCCAUUUUAAAAUUAA